AUGGCCAGGGAGUUGGAAAAACUUCGUGCAGAGCUUGCUAAUGCUGAUAAAGGAGCAAAUGUUGCUGCUUCUGGUGGGAAUCCAGGUUAUGGUGGAAAUUAUGGCAACCCUGAAGCUGGAUAUGCAGCAAAUCCUUAUCUUACAAACUAUGGCAUGAAUCCAAUACCGGCAAGCGUAGAAAGUUUUCCUCAAUACGGACCUGGACCUGGUUCCUGGGCACAUCUCUUCACAGCACCAUUUGGAACAGCUUUGAUAAAGCUUGUUUGUCUGGCAACCUUUCUAAACGUAUCCGAAAAUGACAGCUUUGAUCCAUAUCAGGAAUUGUUGAAAGCUUUAAUUGGUUUUAUAGAUGUUGUUGGGCUUUACUUUGCUUUGACCCAACUGACUCACAGGAACAUCUCUCAAAACCAUGAGUUCCAGGCUAUUGGACUUGGAUGGGCUUUUGCUGAUUCUGUGCUGCAUAGACUGGCACCCCUUUGGGUUGGUGCUAGAGGACUAGAAUUUACUUGGGAUCACAUUUUGCAAGGCCUGGAAGCAAAUGCUAAUCUGGUGUUGAGGAUUGUGGCGACCAUGCUUUCUAUUACCAGCUACUUGAGACGAGGUUUGGGAUGGCACCUUCCAAAGGAAGUGGGCUUCGAACUGUUUACCUCUUUGGUGAUGGCUUUCAUUAGCUGGCAGCUCUUUGCAACAUGUCAAAGACCGUCUACAUGAGGACACCUAGAAUAACUCCUCAUCCUGUGACGGUUGUCAGAGAUACAGUCUUGGAACCAUAAUGAUGCAAAAUCCCCCUCGCAGAACAUUGGCUCAUUUGAAACUGGAAAAAAAUACAGUAAAGAUAAGGGGUACUUAGAGAGAGAAAAUGGCAGAUGAUGAUGCGAUUGCUUCCAAUAAGCCCUUCGGUCUACAAGUUCUACCUGGUGGACUUCUCCAGCAACGGACUGUUUUGACACAGCUCCAAUGACGGGCCAACAAGCAAAACUCUCUGCCAGCAUGCCAAGAAUCACAUUCUGUUCCUGUUCAUCACCUUGGAAGGGGCACAUCAGGAAUGUUGCUCUGUGCAAAGACAAAGCUUGCCAAAACUCGCCUUGCAGCAUAUUUUGCAGAUGGAGCCAUCCUCUACAACUCCAGUUUCUCUUCCUCCAGCACCCAUGUCAGUCCCGACACCUGUACCUCCACAAAUGCAACCAUUAACUACACUAGGCGCCCGUGUUCCAAGCUUCCUUCAAGCCCAAUCCCUCCAUCCUUGCAUGACCCUACCUAGCCCCACAAACAUCCAUUAUAUAUUCCUUUAACUUAUCACCCAUAUCCUCCCAUGUCGUUCACCCCUUCAUCUAGCAUACCCACUACAUACAUGCCCUUCCAUUCUUCAUUUCACCUUUUCUCAUCUUCCUACCCAUUCUCAUCCCCAUACUAACCACGUACAUGCACUUCUAUUCAUUCUUUCACCACCUCUCACCGUUCAAACCCACUUUUCCAUAUUCAUACAUGCCAUCCAUUCCUUCUAAACCAAUCAGACUCGCUCCAUUGUACCCUUCAUCACGUCCACCUUCUCAUACCCAUAUACCCCUAUCAUACCCAUUAAAAUACUCGCCACCUUCCUAUUUUUCAUCCCAAGCACACCCUCAUAUGCGUCCAUUCCCGUCAAACUUUUGUUGCCUUUGAGGCAUCACCCUCAUCUCUUACAUCCAGAACCAGAAGAGAUGGCGUGUACACGCUCAUAAA